GCCCGAUUCACUAGCUUUUAUUGUGUUAUUUCGUAGAAACAAUUUUUGUUUAUACAAUUGGAAAUCCGUUGGAUAGUACAUUUGUGGCAGUUGAGCAAUGGUCAAGAAUACCUUUGGAUUCGCUGUGGCGAUAUUUACGGCUUGUUAUGCAGAUUUGCACAAAAACCUCCAACAGAGCUGUGACGUAGAAUAUGGUCUUGAUGACUUUAUUGAUGACGAAAUAUUAGUCGUGUAUGACGGUGCGCAGCUGUCGCGCACCUGCAAGGUAACGUUCGAGCAGGAAUACAGCCUUGAAAAUCUGUGCGUGGAGGCGGAGAGAUUUAACGUUGCUGACGAGCAUGAGGACGUUACGUUGGAGUAUCACUCAAGGUUCUACAGCCCCGCCGUCCCCGACAAGAUCUACACGAAGUACGACACGCCCAUCCCCGACUGGUGCUCGUCGUCCAGUCGGAUCAUCAUCUCCUUUGACUCGAGCACCACGAGGCGCGGGGACGCGGACAUUAGACUCAGGGUUUACAAACAGGACUCCGGUGCCGAGAAUUUUGCCGACGAUAUGAUAUCGGCUGCCAGUCCGGUGGUGUUAGUUGUCGCCGGUGUUGUUGGUGGAGUGAUCAUACUGUGCAUCAUAAUUUCCGCCGUGGUCGCCCUCAUCUGUUACCGCCGACGACGGAGUCGGGCUGGGCACGUGCACUCUCCAGCUACACCUUCCACUGUCGCUCAUCAGCCCCAGCACAGGCCACACUUUUCUGGUAACCAUGGGCAACCGCAAGCUGGUAACCCCGCCCAACAAUCGUACUGGAAUCAGCUACAGACCAGCUACCCCACCGACCAGCCGUGCGGCCACCAACAACAGAAAACCCAGCCCCACCAGCAGUAUGUCAGCAAGCCUCAUUACCCGGCAUACUCCCCAAUAAGUCAGUGUCCGGAAGAGGUCGCACCGUCGGCUCCCACUCCCAACCACCAGAUAUAGUCUCCCGUUUUGGGGAGGCAGUUCGCGUUGCCUUGUCCUGGGAGUAAAAUGGAAAUCCAUUUUUUUAAAAUAAAAACCGAAAACGGAAAACAAAAAAUGAAGCAACUUCCAUUCAUUAUCUUCUACAGAGAUAUAUGGUUAUAUGGUGAUUAGAAUUGUUUUUCAUGAUGUAAUGAAUGUUAAGAAACUCGUCGCCAUAUCUAAGAUUUUCAUCACGUCGACCAAACAUAAUGCCGUAACUACAACGCCAAAACAUAGCAACUUGUUGCCAAAUAAUAAGUAUCCAUAGCCAGGAUUAAGUAUCUCGUCGCCAGGAAUAAGUACCUCGUCGCCAGGAAUAAGUAUCCCGUCGCCCAGGAGUAAAUAUAGAGCCGUCAAGAAUAAGUACCUCGUCGCCAGGAAUAAGUACCUCGUCGCCAGAGUUUAGUAUCACGUCGCCAGGAAUAAGUAUCCCGUCACCAGGAGUAAUUAUCUCGCCACCAGGAAUAAGUAUCUCGUCGCCAGGAAUAAGUAUCUCGUUGGUUACUCGUUGUCAGGAUUAAGUGUCUCGUCGCUAGGAUUAGUAUCUUGGAAUUACUUAUAUUGUCGCAGAAAAAAAAUUCGUUCCAGGAUUUAGAUUUGGCGCCAUGAUUUAAUACUUUGUCGUCAGGUUUAAGCAAUUUGUGGCCAUGAAGGAGUACCUCGUCGCUAUGAAAUCUAUCAUAUGACCGCCAAAAUAUAGAUAAUAAAAUGCAUGAUGGCCGGGAUUUUCGUCGCAAAGAAAUUGACAUGGUCAUUGGCAUUGUACUUUUAUUAUCGCGUCUCAGCACAUUUACAUCUCAAAGUUCAUGUAUGUAGCCAGGCUAAAACAUAUCGUUGCAUAUAUAUAUACGUUUGUGACUAGAA